AUGGAGGCUGAGAAGAACCUCUUUUUGCGGCGACGCGGCGAGGAUAGCGGCCUGGGUAAAGGACUGACCCUCGCUGUGUUAAACGCCCCUCGACUACCCUUCGUCCCCUUUCGCAUUGAGCGAAAUAAUGGCAACCGCACGAGGGUAUCAGGCCAACGCGCGUAUGACGUGUUAGCUGCAGGUGUGGCUUUGAUUGGGUACCAAUAUGCGCGAAUUGGGCACCAGCAAAGUUCAUGCAGUGGGCCUCCAGAGAGGAAUAUGAAGGAUGCAUAG